AGCUCGGGUCGAGUCCGGCUUGGCUUCCAGCAGCCGAGCGGCGAGGAGCCUGGAGAGCAACUCGAGCCGCAGGCGAAGCGGUCCGGGGAAGGAAGGCGAGCGCGCUGAGAUUCCCUGCCUCCGCUCACCCGCGCACCCUGGAUGUGGGAAGCAGCAGCGGCGAAGACCUCCGGAUCCUCGCGAAAUGUUGCAAUGGAAGGCUCGGGGUCUGACUCGCCGGGAGCAGCUACAGCGGCAGCAGCGGCAGCCAACGCCGUAUGAAGCGGUCUGUCAGCAGCAGCAGCAGCAGCAGCGAAUCUCAGCCAACCCAGCCAGUCCCCGGUUCCUCCGGAUCGUCCCGCAGCAGCAGCAGCAGCGCGCUGGGGGGAACCUCAGAAGACCCAGCCUUUGGGUCGCCAAAACAACAGCAGCAGCCGCGGCGGCGGCGGCUCUUUGGCGGCAACAUGGCCUCAGCUGUUAAUGCCUCGGAGCCGGAGAGCAGCGGCGGCGGCGGCGGCGGCGGGUGCAGAGUGCCAGAUCGGCUGGGGAGAAGCGGCAGCAGAAGGCGGAGAAGGAUAGUGGAGAACAGACGCGCCGCGCCGCCCGAUCUGGAAUAUCUGCAGCGGCCGAGCUACUGCGAUGCAGGGUUCGCCUUGGAGCAGAUAGCAAAGGGGAGAGCUACUGGAAGAAAAGCGCCGCUGUGGCUGAGAGCGAAAUUUCAGAGACUGCUAUUUAAACUGGGCUGUUACAUUCAAAAAAACUGCGGAAAAUUUUUAGUGGUUGGCCUUCUGAUCUUCGGGGCUUUUGCGGUGGGAUUAAGAGCUGCCAAUCUGGAGACCAAUGUGGAGGAACUUUGGGUAGAAGUUGGUGGGCGAGUAAGUCUGGAGUUAAGUUACACACGGCAGAAGAUUGGAGAAGAGGCCAUGUUUAAUCCUCAACUGAUGAUUCAAACACCACAAGAAGAGACUGCUAAUGUACUAACAACAGAAGCACUCAGACAGCACCUUGAUUCUACACUACAAGCCAGCAAGAUACAUGUAUAUAUGUACAACAGACAAUGGAAAUUGGAACACUUAUGUCACAAAUCAGGAGAACCCAUCACAGAAACAGGUUACAUGGACAAGAUUAUAGAACACCUUUACCCUUGUUUAAUUAUCACACCACUGGACUGCUUCUGGGAGGGUGCAAAGCUACAGUCUGGGACUGCAUAUCUACCAGGAAAACCCCAUUUGCAGUGGACCAACUUUGACCCCUUAGAAUUCUUAGAAGAGCUGAAGAAGAUAAAUUCCCAAGUAGAUACCUGGGAGGAGAUGCUGAAUAAGGCUGAAGUUGGCCAUGGUUAUAUGGAUCGACCUUGCCUAAACCCUGAUGAUCCUGAUUGUCCUAUAACUGCCCCCAACAAAAAUUCAACUAAACCUCUUGAUGUCGCCCUUGCUUUAAGCGGUGGAUGCUAUGGGCUGUCAAAAAAAUACAUGCAUUGGCAAGAAGAACUGAUUAUUGGUGGCACUGUUAAAAAUGGUACUGGAAAACUUGUCAGUGCUCAGGCUUUACAGACCAUGUUUCAGCUAAUGACUCCAAAGCAAAUGUAUGAGCACUUCAAGGGUUAUGACUACGUUUCGCACAUCAACUGGAAUGAGGACAAGGCAGCUGCAAUCCUGGAAGCAUGGCAGAGGAUGUAUGUUGAGGUUGCUCAUCAAAGUCUUGCAAAAAACUCUACUCAGAAGGUGCUUUCAUUUACGACAACAACUCUGGAGGACAUCCUAAAGUCAUUUUCUGAUGUCAGCGUCAUCCGAGUUGCUAGCGGCUAUCUAUUAAUGCUUGCCUACGCCUGCUUAACCAUGCUGAGGUGGGACUGUGCUAAAUCCCAGGGUGCUGUGGGUCUGGCAGGAGUCUUGUUGGUUGCGCUCUCAGUAGCUGCCGGAUUGGGACUGUGUUCCUUGAUUGGGAUUUCCUUUAAUGCUGCCACAACUCAGGUUUUACCCUUUCUUGCUCUUGGAGUUGGGGUAGAUGAUGUCUUCCUUUUGGCACAUGCAUUUAGUGAAACUGGGCAGAAUAAGAGAAUUCCAUUUGAGGAUAGAACAGGGGAAUGUCUGAAACGCACGGGUGCAAGCGUGGCCCUUACGUCUAUUAGCAAUGUUACUGCAUUCUUCAUGGCUGCCUUAAUUCCCAUUCCAGCUCUACGGGCAUUUUCACUCCAAGCUGCUGUGGUUGUAGUAUUUAACUUUGCCAUGGUUCUGUUAAUUUUUCCUGCUAUUUUGAGUAUGGACCUAUACCGCCGGGAAGAUCGGAGGCUGGAUAUAUUCUGCUGCUUUACAAGCCCCUGUGUCAGCAGAGUCAUUCAGAUUGAACCCCAGCCAUAUGCAGAGGCCAGUGAUAACUUACGCUACAGCCCUCCGCCGCCCUACGGCAGUCCCAGUUUUGCCCACGAAACUCAAAUCACCAUGCAGUCUACAGUCCAGCUGCGCACUGAAUACGACCCCCACACUCAGGUUUAUUAUACCACAGCAGAACCUCGGUCAGAAAUAUCGGUACAACCAGUCACCGUGCCACAAGAUAACCUCAGCUGCCAGAGCCCAGAAAGCACCAGUUCAACCAGGGAUCUUCUUUCUCAGUUCUCUGAAACUACACUGCAUUGUCUUGAACCUCCCUGUACUAAAUGGACAUUCUCCUCUUUUGCUGAAAAGCAGUAUGCGCCACUCCUGUUAAAACCAAAAGCAAAGAUUAUGGUCAUUUGUCUUUUUCUGGGCUUACUUGGCCUCAGUCUUUAUGGAACGACUCGUGUGAGAGAUGGAUUGGAUCUCACAGACAUUGUACCACGGGAAACUCGAGAGUAUGAAUUCAUUGCAGCCCAGUUCAAAUACUUCUCAUUUUACCACAUGUAUAUUGUUACCCAGAAAGCGGAUUAUCCCAACAUCCAACAGUUACUUUAUGAACUUCACAGAAGCUUCAGCAAUGUGACCUACGUCUUAUUGGAGGAAAACAAGCAACUUCCUAAAAUGUGGUUGCAUUAUUUUAGAGAUUGGCUGCAAGGUCUUCAAGAAGCUUUUGACAAAGACUGGAAAUCUGGGAAGAUCACCCUUCAGAGUUACAAAAAUGGAUCUGAAGACGCUGUUUUGGCUUACAAACUUCUAGUUCAGACUAUUUCAAACAUCCGAGAUAAACCCCUUAACAUGAGCCAGUUGGCUAAACAGCGCUUGGUGGAUGCAGAUGGAAUCAUUAACCCAAAGGCCUUCUACAUGUACCUAACAGCCUGGGUUAGCAAUGAUCCUGUGGCCUAUGCCGCCUCUCAAGCCAACAUCCGGCCCCACCGUCCAGAAUGGGUCCAUGAUAAAGCAGACUAUAUGCCAGUAACCAUCCCAGAAGCUGAGCCUAUUGAAUAUGCUCAAUUUCCUUUCUACCUCAAUGGACUGCGCGAUACUUCUGAUUUUGUGGAAGCAAUAGAGAAAGUGAGAGCAAUCUGCAAUAAUUAUACUAGCCUUGGCAUUCCCAGUUAUCCAAAUGGAUAUCCAUUUCUCUUUUGGGAACAAUAUAUAAGCCUUCGUCAUUGGCUCCUCUUAUCCAUUAGCGUGGUUCUGGCCUGCACAUUUCUGGUGUGUGCCCUCAUUCUUCUGAACCCCUGGACAGCUGGGAUCAUUGUGGUUGUACUGGCUCUUAUGACGGUGGAACUCUUUGGCAUGAUGGGUCUAAUUGGAAUAAAACUAAGUGCAGUUCCUGUUGUCAUCCUGAUUGCAUCUGUUGGAAUUGGAGUGGAAUUCACAGUUCAUAUUGCUUUGGCAUUUCUAACAGCGAUAGGAGACAAAAAUCGUAGGACUAUCCUUGCAUUAGAACACAUGUUUGCACCUGUAUUGGAUGGUGCUGUGUCUACACUACUUGGCGUGUUAAUGCUUGCAGGAUCUGAAUUUGACUUUAUUGUCAGGUAUUUCUUUGCUGUUUUGGCGAUUUUAACUAUCUUAGGUGCUUUGAAUGGAUUGGUGCUGCUUCCUGUUCUCCUUUCCCUAUUUGGACCGUAUCCUGAGGUUUCUCCAGCUGAUGGAAGGAGCAGACUACCUACCCCUUCUUCUGAACUUCCUCCAAGCAUUGUGAGGUUUGCUGUUCCACCAACUCAUGGUCAAAAUGGCUCAGAUACAUCUGAUUCCGAAUACAGUUCUCAGACAACAGUAUCAGGAAUCAGUGAGGAGCUACAUCAGUAUGAGGGUCCACAGAGAACUGGAGGCCCAGCCCAUCAAGUAAUUGUUGAAGCAACUGAAAACCCAGUGUUUGCCAAAUCCACGGUGAUCCAACCAGAAGCAAGCUAUUAUCCAUCAAGCCCAAAGCUACAAUCUAAUCAAGACCCCGGAACCCAACAAACAUGGCAUAAAAGCAAGAAAUUGAAAAGAGAACUAAGGGAAGGACUUCAACCACCCCCUUACCGGCCACGUAGAGAUGCCUUUGAAACUUUUACUAAAGGGCAUUCCUGUUCUAAUAACAGGGAUUGCUCUGGUCAGAGAACUCAUUCUCAGAACAUCAGAAAUCCAGCCUUCACUGCCACAGGCUCUUCUGUGCCAUCAUGCUGCCAGCCUAUCACUACUGUGACUGCCUCAGCUUCAGUUACUGUAGCUGUACAUCCUGCUGGGCAUAGCCACAAUCCUCAUGGAGGGAGCUGUCCAGCCUAUGAGAGACACCAUGAAGCUGAGCAUGAACAAUUUGAGGAUCCUCAUGUGCCAUUUAAUGUCCGGUGUGAGAGGAGGAACUCUAAAAUAGAAAUCAUAGAACUGCAAGAUGUUGAAUGUGAAGAAAGGACUCAUGGCAAGGGCUCAGAUUAAGGGAAAUAACUGAAGCAAAGAAGAGGCCAAAGAUGGGAGACCUCGUCUUUCCAGAAACGCUUGAAGAGAAACUACUUCAAGUUAUGGGGGGGAAAGGACAAUGCUGCACCAGGACAAAUAUUCCCCUUUACUGUAAUCUUUUGUAAAUUUUUGUGAAUUAUUUCUAUAAAUAUUUAAAAGAUGUACACAUCUGUAACAUACGAGAGAAUCGCUAUAAUGUAGUAUAAUCUGGAGUUGUGUUAAACUCCUGUUUAACAGAGUGGGGACUGUUGUUUGUGCUCUGUACUUACUGUACGUUGAUUUCUAUGCCACAAUUAAGCUUAAACUAGUCAUAAAUUUCAGCAUAUGUUGCUGCUGCUUAAAUAUUGUAUGAUUUACAUGUAUAAUUCUAUGCAAAUAUUGCUAAUGUAUUAGGAUAUUUUUGUGUAAAGGUUCAUAAAUAUAUAUAUUUGUGUGUGAGAGAGAGAGAGAGAAUGUUAAACUAUUUUAAAAAUUUUCAUAUCACAGCCCUGUGGUAGUAUGAAAUAUUUCGGUUAACUUUCAAACACGCUAUGCGUGAUAAUUUUUCUUUUGUUUUUUCCUUAAUGAGCAGAUAUGAAGAGCAGUGUAUUUAACGCUGAUGACUGAAGUAGGCAUAGCUGUGUGGUUUGUGUACUGUAACUGUUUUGUGGAGAACAGAUUAUUGUGAACAUCUAACAUAUGCCCUGCUGAAAUGAAUGUAGCACUGAAAGUAUGUGAUGUACCUAUAAUUCUCAUCUCUUAUUAAUGGCUCACAUGUAAGAGUUUUGGCCAGAACAUUACCUGUUGUAUACCUUUUGCCUUUAAUAACCUACCAAUGUUGGCUAAAGCUACAGAUUUGUACUUUUCAGUUCAAUCAGCAUUAAUGCAAAUUUUCAUGGGUGAGCAAAUGUUUGUAAGAUUGCAAUCAGUCAAUAAUUAAUUAAUAAAAUUCCACAUCCAGUCUAAACAGCUGGCUCUGUGACAAACCACCAAUAAUAGUAAUAAUAAUAUUAUAAUGAUGAUGAUGAUGAUGAUGAUUGAGAUGGAGCUUAACAAUUGUUAAUACCACCAUUAAAAAAAAAGGAGUGGAAUGAUUGGGAGCCAGCAUUUGUAGGUUCUAGGCUUCUGGUGUAUUGUACUUGGCCAUGAACAAACUACAGAAACUGCCUCUGCUGACAGCACCGUGGCUAUAUCUCCAGUGAGAACAAAAUAGCCUCUUGUCCUCACUGCAUCAUCCCACAUAUUCAAAACAGAAUCAGGAAGAGAUGCUGGAAGCUAAAUAGUAAAAAGUUUGGUGUAUUUUAGAACUGCACUUGAUUGUCAUGAUCAUAGACGGUCAUGGCUGCAAUAUGCAAUACAAUUGAUGUAGUUCAUCUUUUUUGUCCCAACAUUUUAUGAAACUUUCAAGUUAGCCAAACAACAUUUUCAUUAGGUUAUCAGAUCUGAAAACACAUCCCUUUUAAUGUUGUCUUCAAGCUGGCAACCCUGGUGUGUUGUACUAUAGGCCCUUUAAUCAGGAAGAUACCAGGUUGAGAAACACUAGCUUAAUACAUCUUAAGUAUUAAUAAUUUAGAUGUUUAAAUAAGCAUCAGUAUUUUUCAAAUUUGUAAUAAUUAAAAACUUACCAUAUUAGGCAAAGCCCAGCAAGAAGUAAGAUGGUUCAUUUAAUACUAUUUUUAUGGCUUUCAUUUCUCAAAGUAAAAGAGUAACAAAUGUAUAAAAGAAAAUAUAGUAAAAUAGGAACGAAUUACUUGAAGCAAUCAAGUAAGAAAGGCAAAGCCAGAAGACGUAAGCUACACAAAUUAUCGAUACGUGCCCUGUAUUCCAUAUAAAACUACAUGAAGUUGAAGGUUUUCAUCAAAAAUGUAAAAGUUUUAUCCUUUAAUUAAAUGUUCUUUGCAUUUUCAAUUCUAAACAUCAUUUCUACAUUUCAAAGAAAAAACAUUUUUGUGUAACUAUAUGUAACUAUAUGAAAAGCGCAGAGUCAGCAUGGCUUCCCUACCAUCUUUGUUAACAUUUAGCAUUUUAGUUUAAAAUAGUAAUAGAGGCUGAAAAAUAUGAGGUCAAUUUUCUCUGCUGUGUCCUGAUCUCAUGAAAAGAGAGAUAUUCCUGCGUUUCUUCCACAUGUUGCAUGAGCUGCCCUUACAACAUCAUCAUAUCCACCAAGAGAAUUCUCCUUUUCAACAAAACUCUAAGAAGCAUGAGAGACAACAUGCAAAUUGAUCUCCUACAUAUAAUUUGAGUUAAAAGUAGGAUUAUAUGCACAGUGAUAAAAUACACUCUGAUAGCAUUUGAAAGCAGUUUCUUGCUGGCACAUAGCUCAGCAAAUACUCUUCUGAACACACCUCAGUGAAUGAAAGCUAAUGCUUUUACACAAUGCCUGUUAAAUUUGAGACUUGUGCUUAUCCAUCAGCACUCAUCAGUAUUUGUUAAGAGGUUCUGGAGCAAUUACUUUUAUCUAAUUAGCCAAGAGAAGCUAUGUCUAAAAAACGCUCAAAUAUUUAAGUGAUUUUGCAUCAAGCAAUGUAACACCUAAAUUCAGCUUGAUUUAACUUUAGUAGGAAGCAGUGUUGUACAAACCUUGGUAGCCUGUAUUGCAUGAGCCUGAUAUGAUUAUUUCAGUAAUCAAUCUCCUUAUUUAGUCACUGUUUGAAUAGAGUAAUACUUGUCUUUUGCUCACAGCUUCUCAUUCCUCCCUGCUAUAUAUCUGUCAUUGUAAUACAUUAACUAAUGUACCCCUUUCAGCUCCAACAUUAGUAAUACAUUGACGCAAAGUGGUUGUGGAUAUCAGUCUAAUCUGAAUUUUCUGAAGAACAACCGGGUAUCUCAUUGUCUCAGUGGUACGAAAGGCAGGAAAUAUCACUAGGCCUAUUUUGCCACAGAAGCAUCUAAAUACUCAAAUCUUGGUAAAAUCAGAUUAUAAAGAGAAAGAAUGAAACAAUCUUUCAAAGUUGGUACCAAUUGUAAGCUAUAUUCUCUAUCUUGUACUGGUGACUCAAAAGUUAUGACAGUUGCUUACUUGCUUCCUAUUAUUUUUUAAGAAAGGGAGAAAGUGAGCAAGUACAAGAAUAUAGUUUUCAGUAGUUUUCACCUUAACUUUCCUCUGUAUGUGUGUUUGUGUGUCAGAGACACACCUUUUUAUUUUAUGGGACUGCCUACUCCUUGGUGCAUAAUAUAGACCAUAUUCUCUUGUCACAUUGGCAAAAGAUUUCAGUGAUCAGCUCUUCUAUGUUUUUAAAUGAUAAAUGGUUGAUAUUUAUAUUUUUGUAUCAUAAGAAUGUUUUCUUACAGUAUUUGUCAUGCCAGUUAAUAAACAAAAUGCAGGGAUUUUAUUUCUAUUGGAAACACUAUUACAGCUAUGUUUUUACUUUUUAAUUGAAAUUUUUAUUUGUAUAGAAUGCUUACUAAUGUUAAAUAGGAAGAUAUAUAUAACAUUUACAUUAAGAACUCAUUCAGUAGGUUUUUUUAUAGUGAGAAGUCGAAAGGAAAAAAUAUUCAGACUGGUUCUCAUUGCCUGUUUUUAGCAGGAAUGGGUUUGUAUUUUCAGUUACAAAGAUAAAAGUAUGCCAUAUAAUUUAUUUAUAUGAAAAUUUAUUUUUGUAGUGUACAUAGUAGUCCUCAAUUCUUUUGACAGAAUUAUAUUUUUAAAAGAGUUUAUAUGUGACAAUGAUACCAUUAUGUUUUGGAACAAUGCUGAGACAUAAAAUACAAUGCACAUUUUUCAUCUAUCCCAUUUGCAAACAAAAUCAAGGUCAACAGUAUUAAGGAGAGAGUGGAAUAUUGCAUGUCAUUCUGAACUGUUUAGGGUUACCAUUUUGUGAUCUAGUGUGGUUCUCAAUUUUAAAUCAUAAAUGAAAAUUUGUACAAACUCUAAACAUUAAUGUUCAAACACUGAUAGAAAUUCUAACAAGAAUAAAAAUAU